AUGGAUACAGACACGGACAAGAUUAUUAUAAACGUUGGUGGAAAACGCCAUGAGACGUACGCCAGCACGCUUCAAACCAUUCCCGACACGAGGCUUUCAUGGUUAGCAGGCAGUUACCUUAACAGUGAUACUAAACAAGAAUUUUUCUUCGACCGAAAUCCAAAAAUCUUUGGUAUCAUUUUGAACUAUUACCGCACAGGCCAUCUCCAUGCGCCGAGGGAUUUCUGCGGUCCGCUGUUUCAAGAGGAGCUGGCGUUCUGGGGAAUCGAAGAGAGGGAGAUGGAAGCAUGUUGUUGGCCAUAUUACACGCAACACCGAGACGCUGAGAAAAAUUUGAAGGAUUUUGUAGGACCUGAGUUUGAGGAUUCUGAUGAGAACGACGACGACGAAUUUUCACCGGAAUUCGAUUCAACAUACGGUCAGGCCACUUCUUUGUCAUGGUGGACAAUAUACAGACCUAAAGUUUGGGCCGUGUUGGAUGAUGCUCAUUCGUCUACCAAGGCUAAGGUAUUAAACAUGUUUGAGAAAUAUGUUACCACUUUUUUUUGUAUAGAUGCGUACAUCCGGUUUAAACUCUGCAGAUCACGAUUUACAGAUGAAGUCUUUUAUGUGACUUGAUCUGUUGCUUUUCUGAUGAAAUGAUUUAUUUCGUUUUAAGACUCAAGAUUGAAAGAUCCUUCUUUACUGUCGUUUUUCUAAUUGAAAUAUAUCCAACCAAACCUGAUAGGGGAACGAAAUGAAAGUUUUCAAAAUAAAUUAUCGCAGCGCUCGCUAAACAGUGCACGAGGAAUUAUUUACUUGGUAGGUUUUGCCUCCUGAGUAAACAGCGGCUUAUCCUUGCUUAAACGCUCGUGCUUGUACAAAUGCAUGAAUGGAGACAGCAAAUCAUAGACAACAUCAGAGAUAUUCACGCAAAAUAUAGUAUUCAGUGGCUUACAUUGAGUGAAAGCAAACUGCUGAGUUGAAGUUGAAAAACGAAUUAAAAAUCACAACAUUAACAAAUGCUAACAUCGACGAAUGAACUUCGCAUAAAUCUCAUUUUUUUGUUUACAUUUGGACGGGUUUGCCUAGGGUAACAACCAUAUUUUCUCAUUUUCAAAGUUGGUUUUGUAUCCUUUCAGUCAGAGCUUUAGACUUUAAGUCUAGUUGAGCCAAAUGAAAACAUACCCUUCUGAUGUUACAAUUACAAUAAUAUUAGUGCGAUGUUUUGCGAGAAUAUGGCUUUUAAAUGCGCUUGCUUUGAUGUCGACUUUAUAGUUUUGCCCCCGGGUCUACAAAGCAGCAGGAACAUAAGAUUAAUCUUGUAUUCCUAUUUUAAAUUUUUAAAGCUUAAAAACUUCUCAGGAAAAAAUAAUCUGGCCGCGAAACGUUAAAAUGGUCUGGAGUUUAUGUACUUUUUGGGGGUAUUUAUGACCGAAAUGAAAUGCAAGACUUAAACAAGAUCACUAUGUUUUGCCGAAUGAAAGAACCUUCUCGGUUUUUGACAGCUGGGCCAUUUCCGAUCGAGAAUUUUGCAUUUGUUUGCCGUCAGCUAUCAAAAAUAGCAUUGUUUUCAUCUAUGGCAACGCAAAAGCUUAUGCAUAAACAGACCCAAUCAAUGGAAGAGCAUCACAAACUUCAGUAAGAAAUCAGUAAAUUUACGGUGAUUUUGAUUCCACGGCCGUUCUGCUUAAUGCCACCAUUUUGAACACCUCACUCGCUUAAAAUAUUAUGGCUUUUUUUAAAACCGUCUGAUACCUUGGUUGUUAAAUUAGUUUCUUUUGAAUAUUUAUGGACCGCUUAAGUUAACACAGACUAAUUCCAAGGAAUCCCUUUGAAUUUAGAAGCAACCAGUGCUCAUUUGUUUCAGUUUGAUUCUAUCAAAACCCAAUGGAAGACAAGGACGCUUCAAAAUAUUAGGAAGGCAAUAUCAUUGCCUAGGCAUUACCAGCAAAAUGUAUCAAAAUAAACUUUAUAUUACUUUCACGCUUUUUUUGAAAUGGUGACAUAUUUAAAAAACAAGCUUAUUUUAUGCCAGGUGAAGGAAAAUCCCUGUCAACAUUCAAAUCGUCGGCAGUGUUUGUAUCUCAUUCAGGAUUUGUUCUCUCCGAAGUUCAUGUUAGUUACUCUUACUGGUGAUAAAAAUUUCUUUCUGCUAAUUUGUCCAUUUUCUGAAAAUUGCAUAUUGGCGCUUACAAUCGCAAUUUAUGCAGAUGCCAUGUUUUUCUGAUAUCUCGCACAAACACAUCAACGGAUUAUUUCUAAUCUAGCUUUUUCUUUUAUUGCUAAUCAUUGUAUAAAGGUUUUAACACGACGUCUCGCAAGAUGAGAUCCAGAUUUAUCUCUGGCCCAGUCACAGCAAAGUUCGUCCUAUGAAAGCAGCUUUUGUAAUCACGAUUGUCGCGUCUGUAGAAUUGUUCUCUUUCAAACCAGAAAUUUAAUUUCAAACCAGAAAUUCAAUUUAAAUUGGCUUUGGAAUAUAUGUCAAACAAAGUAACCACGGUCCAAACGAAGAUUACUUUGGAGUCAGAUUGUCCGCCGUCUAAAGAAAAUCCGCAGUAUGAGAGUUUGUCGUUGGCAGACAUUGCUCUUUUAGAUCAGUGCGCGAAAAGCUCAUUUAGAUCAGUGUACGAAAAAGCAUUCGUCUCAUUCCCGCUUUGACAAAGUACUCGCCUGGCACAAGUUUAAAUCAAUGCUAAAAUAAUCAAUAAUAAUUGGAAGUAUCUUACAUAGAUGUAUCAGUCCACAAGCGUGGGAAAAUGCCGACGACCUUUUCGGGUGCCGCGAGUUUUCACAAGCAAGUCGACUACGAGUUUAAAUAACGCCCACGUAAUCCGUUCACUUAAAAACUGCUGUUACAAAAGGCUUCCUACUUAAGCCUCGUGAAAACUUUAGUGAUAAUACCCAAAUGUUCGAUAUAUCCAGUGAAGGGAGGGGGGGAAAUAUAUUGAUAUUUGAAAGAGCAUUGGAAAUAAUCAGUCUUGGAAGACUUCUCUAAAAGCUUUUAUUCGCUUUUCAGGUCUUCGCUUUAACUUCUCUGUUUAUGAUUUUGGCGUCUGUGGUAUCCAUGUGCGUCUUGUCCGUGGUACAGGAUAAAAAUAAUGUCUACAUUAGAGGUUUUGAGUACGCCUUUUGUGCCUGGUUCACUUUGGAAUUUGGCGCAAGGUUGUUAUUUUGCCCACACAAGUUGGCUUUCUUUAAAGAAAUUAUGACGUGGGUCGAUCUUAUAUCGUUGUUACCUUUUUAUGAAGACAUAAUUUUUGGUACCAGUAUAUUAAAUUUUCUUCGAGCCGUGAGACUUAUACGUACAUUUCGUGCACUGAAAGUGUUCGCCUUCACAAGCGGUUUACAGAUUAUAGUGCAAUCACUCAAAGCGAGUUUCAGAGAAUUGAUCCUACUGCUGAUAAUUCUCCUCAUUCCAGUUGUCGUGUUUUCAAGCGUGUUGUUCGAAAUCGAAUCCGAUCAACCCAAACAGAAGGACUUUAAGAACAUCCCACAGGCAUUUUGGUGGGCUAUCAUUACCAUGACAACAGUAGGCUACGGCGAUAUGGUACCGAUCACGAUCCCUGGGCGAAUCAUUGGAGGAAUCUGUGCCAUACUUGGCGUGCUUAUUGUGGCGUUGCCUGUUUCGGUUAUUGGCAAUAACUUUUCCACUUAUUACUCUCACGCGCAAGCAAGGCUGAGCCUUCCAAAGAAAAAGCGUCGCUUGAUCAUGUGUGAAGCCAAACUGCGGGCUAAUCCUAGACAAGGGCAAUCACCUUCCAGUUCAACAUCACUACGUGCAAAUGGAGUUCACGAGGUCCCAGAGGUCGUGACUGAGACACCAUCCAGGACAGGCUCUGCCACAAAAUACCGACGCUACCACCGCCGUUCUAGAAAUACUCUAUUUGCGCAUGGUGAUGUCUAUAUAGGGCCAACAAGGUUUGAUAGGCCUAAGCUUCAUCACGCUGAAACAUGCAAUGAGGAGGAAAAUGAGAAUGAAAGCGAGAGUGAAACAGGGAAAAGUGAAUGUCCCACCGCAAGGGAAACAACAAGCAGCGGCGACUUAGACAAUGUGGUAGAAAAAGGUGGAACCUUGCCACCUCAGGCUAGUGAGGAACUUCCUCGUAUUUCGGCGCUCCCUAGAAAUUUCACACUCAUUAACUCGAUGCAUGAGAGCGAAGAAAUUAUCGAAGAGGAUUCGAGGCCUUCUUCCGUUCUUUCUGAACGUCGCGGGACAAAAAAGAAAAAGCUGCACCCUGGUGUCCAAUCAUCUCGCCGUAAAAAAUCCAAUAGCUCUCUCUCAAGGUCAUGGAUAGAACUAAAAGCUCAACAAGCGCAAUCACCACAAGAGAACGGGCAUCCUCAGAGUUCCCGCGGGAACAAAGCUCGCGUGUCCUCGGUGGAUACACGGGGAUCACCACAGGAGAAGGGGCGUCCUCAGAGUUCCCGCGGAAACAAAGCUCGCGUGUCCCCGGUGGAUGCACGGGGGAGUUACAAAAACCCGGGUAUGGAAAAGGAGAGUCCCUCGAAUUUAUCCUCAUCCCGGAUUUACUCCGUACCCUCGUUUAAGGUGGACAGUGAGACUACCCGACUGGAUAAAGGAGAUAUGCCUGGCGAAGAGAUCAACUCAAACUCGGCGAUUGUAAAUGAUAGCAAUCAUAGAACUGGUAAAUCAUCGGAGCACGAUUUUGCCAACGGUUUUAUAGCUUAA